AUGGACCAACCCGACCGCCGCUACCACUGGUCGCAGCCCAUCAACAUCUGCAUCCCCCACGAAGUCCACAGCGUCACCCUCUCCGUCACCGCCGCGCAGAACUUCGCUUACACCAUGGGCGCGACCCUCCUCCUCUACAACGGCAAGGCCCAGACGCACGAGACCUUCACCGAGCUGGAGACGACCGCGACCGCCGGGCGCCAGCCGCUCCACCUCCGCGACCUCAUCCCGCCCUGUCUGGUCGAUCGGCCGGGCCUCCACCGACCCGUUCUCCGACUGCGGUUCGGCUUCCACCGGGCCCCCGCCGCCGGGCCGCGGGGAGAGGCCGGGGGCCUGGCGCGGGUGUCGCCGAAGACGCUGGUCGAGGUGCGGGUCGAGGAGCCGCUGUUUGGCGUGGGCGCGCUGACGGUCGGCGGGGAUGGGGAGGCUGGCGCCAGGCUGCCGGGUCGGUGUUUGCUGAGGCUUACGGUCUCGCCCGUGCUGUGA